AUGCAGCCCCGAAUCACCUUGCGUUCCUUCGCCUUCUCCCGUAGCUGCGCCGCCGACGUCAUUGUGUCGACGCGAAUCCCCAGUAGCUUCGUCCUGUACCGCACUUGCCAGGCUGCGAUAAUCCCGGCAUCCAUGGGCUGGUGCUUGCUCGUGCAGUUGGGUGGCAACUCAAGAAUCUUCACCUGCUCCUUGGGGUCUAUGAGGUCGGCGUGGCUGCUGUGGUUGUUCAUGAUGAUGAGAAGAACCUUCUCGCUGGUGACGAGCGCACGUGUGGCAGGAAACCACCACAGCUUGAACACUCGCGCGCCCGACCACGCGUUCUUCUGGCUGAAGUACUUGAUGGGUGAGCCCUGGAUCUUGAAGCACCGGGGCUCCUUGGCUGUGCCGAUAAAAGACAGCGGCACCUACGCCCGCUGGCGCUCGUAGCCAUGUAGGCGGUGACUCGAUCCUUCGCUCUCAUUCCUUUCACGCCUCGCGCGGUCUUCUUGAGCUCUGAUGGUGCGAGGCAUGUAGCCUUGGGCAUGAUCCUGUAGUAGCACAGCCCGGUUUCGUCGGCGUUGAAGAUGCAUUCUGGGGCAUACUGAGCGCACGUCUCGCGGAUUACUCUGAGGCGAUCGGCGAUGGCUUCGUCGUCGAUGCUGCCUGCUUCGCCGUGAAGUGUACGGGAGUGCAGGUUGCUGCGCUUGACAAACUUCUUUACCCACCCCUCGGACGCGUUGAAGCCGCUGUACUGCACACGCUCGGCGUCCGUAGAUGCUGCGUUCUCGAAAGCACGACGAGCUUUGCGCCCGAAUGCCUGGAUCGCGUCCCGGUUGGCAGGCAUUCUCAGUGCCCUCGCCUGCACCAACAUUUCCAUGACUGCUUGCUCCACCUGGAGAAGAACAGAGGACAUAUAUUAUUCACGGAUUUAGCAGCUGUAGUGUGUGCACUGUUGUUACUGCUCUGCUGUAUAUCGUUUCAUCCUACAGCAUGUACCGCACGGCAUGAUACAGCGUACCUAUGCCACACUUGUUGUUGUUUUUCUUCACUCAUGCUCUUCAAAAGGUCGAGCGCCCGAACCUUGUCUUCGAGCGUCGGUCGUUUGCGGUUUUCGGCACCACGAACUUUCCUACGUGCGGUGUUGCCAACGGGUUUCAAACUGCCCAGUGCACCCGCUCGCUUCUCCUUACCCGUUGCCCGCCCGUCCGGGCAGGGGCGCUUCGAAGAUGCAGCGCCAGCAGUUGAGUCUGUGCUUCAUUCCUUGCGGUUGCUCGAGUUGACACAUCCGUGGCAAACACGGUGCAUCUCGUUGUCGCCAAGCGGGUCAUGCACACCGCACAGUCCAUGAAGGUCGCCUCCGCAGACACGGCAUGGGUGGUUCGUAAACAGUGGGGGGCCGGGUGUAUGGUCCGGCGUUGCCAGGCAGCGGGAACCCGCGGCGAAAGGCAUCCGUGGGAGCUGUGUGUCUCGCUAGCUAUCUAUGAUGACCUUGUGCUGUACAGCUGCUUGAGCUGGUGCAGUGGGGGGCAGCUGGUGGGCUAUA